CGGGCGCUGGCGCGGCGCAGUUUCACGUGACAGGCGCCGCCGGUAGCUGGGUCUGUUUCCUGCAGCGGGCGUAGCAUCGGGACCAGCUGCCUUCACGCCGGCCGGGUCAGACCCCAGCCCGCCCGCCCCGGCACAACCGCCCACGACCCCGCCCGGCUCCCGCUCGCGCCCAUGGCGGCCCCCGGCGGCGCCCGGCGAUGGCCGCUGCUCCUGCUGCUGUUCGCAGGCCUCGUGCAUGGUGCAUCAGCUGUGUUUGUGGUGAAAGAUGGCAAUGGGACAGCUUGUAUCAUGGCCAACUUCUCUGCUGCCUUCUUGACCAGCUAUGACACCAAGAACGGUUCUAAGAGCGUGACCUUUGAGCUGCCGGCCAGUGCAGAAGUAUUAAAUAGCAGCUCUUGCGGCAAAGGAAAUGCUUCUGACUCCAGUCUCGUGAUCGCUUUUGGAAGAGGCCAUACGCUGACCCUCAGUUUCACAAGAAAUGCAACACGUUACAGUGUCCAGCUGAUGCGUUUUGUUUAUAACUUGUCAGAUACAGGGAUUUUCCCAAAUUCGAGCUCCAAGGAAACCAAGACUGUGGAAUCUGUAACCGACAUCAGGGCAGACAUAAAUAAAAAGUACAGGUGUGUGAGCAGCCAGCAGAUCCACCUGCGCAACGUGACCAUCACGCUCCGUGACGCCACCAUUCAGGCCUACCUCUCCAACGGCAGCUUCAGCACGGAGGAGACGCACUGCGAGCAAGACGGACCCUCGCCGCCCAGCCCGACGGCGCCGCCCAGCCCGACGGCACCACCCCAGCCCUCGCCCACCCCGGUGCCCGCGAGCCCCUCGGUGUCCAGGUACAACGUGAGCGGCGCCAACGGGACGUGCCUGCUGGCCAGCAUGGGGCUGCAGCUGAAUGUCACCUACAGGACGAGGGACAACACGACGGUGACCAGAGAGUUCAACAUCGACCCCAGCAAGACCACCUUCGGGGGGAGCUGCACAGCCCGGCUGGUGACCCUGGCGCUCCGCAGCGGGAACCUGCUCCUGGUGCUGCAGUUUGCGAUGAAUGCAAGUUCCAGCCAGGUUUUCCUGCAGGGAGUCCAGCUGACUAUGACUCUGCCCGAUGCCAGAGACCCCACCUUCAGGGCCGCCAACAGCUCGCUGAGGGCGCUGCAGGCCACCGCCGGGAACUCCUACAAGUGCAACGCCGAGCAGCGCGUGCAGGUCACCGAGGCCUUCUUCCUCAACAUAUUCAGAGUGUGGGUCCAGGCGUUCCGCGUGGACGGGGACAAGUUUGGGCCCGCGGAGGAGUGUCAGCUGGACGAGAACAGCGUCCUGGUCCCCAUCGCGGUGGGCGGCGCCCUGGCGGGGCUGGUCCUCAUCGUCCUCAUCGCCUACCUCAUCGGCCGCAAGAGGAGCCACGCCGGCUACCAGACCAUCUAGCCGGCCGCCGCACCUGCCGAGGGCCAGCAGCCGCUGCACGGCCUCUGGCCAUUUCCCCGGGCUUAGAUUGCUGUUGAGGGGGGCACCCUUUCUUGCAAACUGGUUUUCAAAUCUGCUUCGUCCAAUGUGAAGUCCAUCCGGCCACAUUUACUAUGCACAAAAGAGUAAACUAUGGAAAUGACGGGGUUAAUUUUGCUAACUGGGUUAAAUAUUUUGCUGACUGGUUAAACGUUAAUAUUUACCAAAGUAGGACUCUAAGGUGGGUGGGGGGUAAGAGAGCUUUUCUAAACGGGCACUGGCUCCGCUGUCAUUUGGCUUUUUAAGAUUCCGGUGUUUGGUCUCGUCACUCUUUACUCAGAUGUAAGCCUUACAAAGGGAGAGUCUCUGGUCUUAAUGCUUUGAUGAAGGCUGGUAUCUGUGAGCCUGACACGAAGAAAUCAGUAGGAAUGAGGGUCGUAGGGCAGGCGUGAGAAGAUGCAGACCUGGGAUGCUUAAAUUAAGCUUUAGAAGCCAGGGCGGGCCCGGCCCCUGGAGCAUCAGGGCUCCUGGGCGCCAGGUCCUGGGGCUUUCCACGCUCUGCCACUUGAGAGCUGGCACUUUUUAAAAUAGAAAAACGGGCGUUAUUUUUAUUUACUUUCUUGUAAAGUGAUUUUCCGUCUUCUGUUGGAGGUUUGGGGUGAUCCUUUGUCUGCACUGUGUACAAUAAUCGUUUCACUGAUUCAUCGCUUACAGCUCGGUGGGCUGUGUGUUGAGGAUCGUCCCCUCCUGGGACGCGUUGCCGUAACGAUGCUAAUAAAACGUCUCUUUGUUUGUC